GCGAGACUUCAAAGAAGAAACGCAGCUAGAGUCAGGAAGUUUGUCCUCGCUUCGAGCAGGACGCAUCGGAGCCGACAACAUCCGAGCCAGUACAAUGAAGACUUGAUCGGAAUUAAAAAUAAAAGGUUUAUAUGGUCAAAUAUCAACCAUGUUGGCCUUGGUUCGCCUCUGCCUUCUGUUUGUGUGCCUUAAGGGCAGCGCAGCUGAAGCAGGGCUGACCCCUCCUCAUGACCUCUUCAUGUUGACCUUAAACACCAACUACACUCUGACCUGGGACUGGGACCAGAGCGCUGCCGGAUCCGACUCCGCCACCUUCACUGUGCAGUACGCCGGGAAUCACCAGCUGAAGAAGAGGAACCCAAAGUGGACCACAGUGUGUGCAGAGACCUCUGGGAGGUCAUGUGACCUCACUAGGUCAGGGCUGAACUACCUGGGCCUUUAUACAGUCCGCGUUCAGACCAACCUGAACGGAAGUCACUCAGUGUGGAAAUCCAUACAGUUCUGUCCCGAUAAAGACGCUGCUAUUGGACCUCCGUCUAAAGUUCGGCUUGGUGUCUCAGGAAGCACUCUGGAUAUUUUCAUCACCGACCCUCAGAACAGCUCCAACAACUCCAUGAAGGAGCAACUUCAUAAGCUGUACUAUGAGAUUGUUUACUGGGAACAGCCUGAAGAUGGGAAGGGUUCAAUGACGAUGACGAUGACCACCGAUGUCACCAUACUGACCCUGUCCGAGGUGGAACCCUGGACCCGGUACUGCGUGCAGAUCCGAUCCCGCGACGACUUCUACAACAAAAGCAGCACAUUCACACCGCCUCUCUGUAUCCAAACUGAAGGAGUUGUUCCUUGGUGGAAGAUCUUCCUGUUCUUCCUGCUGUCUCUGGUGAGCUGCUUCCUGGUCGUGCUGCUCUUCCUCUACGGCAGCCAUCACUGUUUCCACGUGUGCAAAGCAACUUUCCUUCCUAAUGAGAAGCUGCCCUCCUACUUUAAAGAGCAGGAUGGUGACUACCCAUGCCUCAUCGUCUCUGAGUUGGAUCAGUGCGAUCCUGUGAUGAUUGUCUGCCCAGAGUCGGCCCUCCUGGAGACUAAUCCAGCUGUGGACUCUGCAGCGCUCCCAGCUGGCCUGGACCAGGACAGAAGCGGCAGACACAGCCGUCAGAACAGCAGCAGCAGCGGAGAUUCUGGAGUUUAUUCUGCGGGAGGAAACUCUGCCGGCCUGCAGCCCAAGGUCGCCUUGACCUUCACAGACGUGAAUCCCACUUUCAACUCCGAGAAGCUGAAUAUGCUGAGCAUGAACUCGGAGAUUAAAGUUUCUCCCAUCGUCCCAGACGAGGGAGUCGAAGAUAUUGAGGUCUGAAGGAAGAGCGGCUCGUUUUCCACCUGCUGUUCGCUCAGAAACUGAAAACACCUUAUGGUGAUGCAUGCUGGUUCUGGUUCCGGACCGGAUCGCCGUUCCACAGGAAGAACUGUUGAUUCUGCUGUUUUAAUCAUCAUCUGUUGUAAAUCAUGUUGAAUUGAAUGAUGUGGUUUCUUUGUUUAUUUGUUUUUUUUUUUUACUUUUUUGUCAUCUUGUUGUAAACUGUCAUUGUUGGCAUGCUGCAGCUUUUAUUAAUAAGCAUUAAUUAUGAAUAUUGAUUGAUUAAUGAAAGGGGUUAUAGUGAAUUUAGUGCUUCAAACUGGCUUAAGGCAAACAUUUUAUGAAGUUGUGUCAGAUUGUCCAUGUGUGAGAUGUUUCUGUAAUUGUUAAUAAACCAAUUCUGGUCCAUGGG